GGGCUAGUUAAUUGUGCGAAUGUGGAUCCCUUCACUCACUGCGUGAGCAGUAUGGAGUGAUCUGCGACGUGCUCCGACUGGCGCUGGAAGUAGUUCCGGGUGUUUGAGCGAGCGGUUCCCGGAUGUUUGCUGCCGAGUGGAAAGCUGACGGGAGAAGGUGGGGAAGCCGAGGGAAAACACUGACCGACACACCGGCCGGGGCAGAGCGGGUCUGACCCGGGACAAACACAAAAAACUAUACUGCGGGGGGGAGCGGAGCCCAUUCCCCGGGGCAAAGAAGAAGAAAAAGUAGCGGUGGAGGGGGGUGGACUGUUGUUCCAAUACGUACCCGGACCGGUCCCGCACCACCAACCCGGACUCCAGUCAGACUAACGGAGCAGGAGCAAAGGCCACACUGUCAAGCGAGGGAACCAGCCAAGAGCCCAGCCCUUGUUUUCAUCUUCAGCUGCAGGUUCGCAAGCCCUCCUCGGCCCCACAAUGACGUCAGAGCUGGAGAGCAGCCUCACCUCCAUGGACUGGCUGCCACAGCUCACCAUGCGCGCGGCCAUCCAGAAGGCAGACGCCACACAGAAUGCCCACGGGCCGGGCAUGGCCAAGAAGAACGCUUUGCUGGACCCCAACACCACUCUGGACCAGGAGGAGGUCCAGCAGCACAAGGACGGCAAGCCCCCGUAUAGCUACGCCAGCCUCAUCACAUUUGCUAUCAACAGCUCUCCAAAGAAGAAAAUGACUCUGAGCGAGAUUUAUCAGUGGAUCUGUGAUAAUUUCCCUUAUUACAGAGAGGCUGGCAGUGGUUGGAAGAACUCAAUUCGGCACAAUCUAUCACUGAACAAGUGUUUCCUCAAAGUGCCUCGCUCCAAAGAUGACCCAGGGAAGGGGUCAUACUGGGCAAUCGACACAAACCCAAAGGAGGACUCGCUGCCCACCCGGCCAAAGAAGAGGCCCCGAUCUGGAGAGCGGGCCUCAACCCCAUACAGCCUGGACUCUGAUUCUUUGGGAAUGGACUGCAUCAUCUCUGGAAGUGCCUCUCCGACUCUGGCAAUGAACACUGUGACUAACAAAGUAGCGUUGUAUAACACAGAUCAGGAUGGGAGUGACAGUCCCCGGAGCAGCCUUAACAACAGCCUCUCAGACCAGAGCCUGGCAUCUGUGAACUUGAACAGCGUUGGCAGUGUGCACAGUUACACACCGGUAAGCAGCCACCCCGAGCCUGUGUCCCAGUCCAUGACUCUACAGCAACAGCAGCCACCACCGCAGGCUCAGUACAGCAUGCCAGAGCGGGACAAACAACUCCUCUUCUCUGAGUAUAACUUUGAAGAUCUCAGUGCCUCCUUUCGCAGCCUUUACAAAUCAGUCUUCGAGCAGUCUUUUAGCCAGCAGGGUUUGAUGACUAUGCCCUCGGAGUCAACGCAGCAGCAGACCCACACGUCCUGUUCCUACCAGCACUCCCCUAGCAGCACAGUGAGCACUCACCCACACAGCAGCCAGAACAGCCUGACAAACAGUGGGGGGCCCCUGUCCCACCCUCAACAAAUCCACACACAACAGCAGCACCCGCAGAACACCCAUCCUGUGCACACUUCUCCACACCCCCAGCAGCACAGCCAGCACCUUUCCCAGCACCCUCAGCAGCAUGGGCAGCACCCUCAGCAACAUGGGCAGCAUCCUUCCCAGCAUCCUCAACAGCACGGACAGCAUCCAUCCCAGCACCCUCAGCAACAAGGGCAGCACCUUUCCCAGCAUCCUUCCCAACAGCACGGACAACACCCUUCCCAGCAUGCUCAGCAGCAUGGACAGCAUCCUCAGCAACACGGACAGCACCCUCAGCAGCAUGGGCAGCACCCCUCACAGCACCCACAUGCACAGCAACACCACCCGAACCACCAGCCCCUCUCGCACCAGGCCCAUCCGGCACAGCAACAGAUGCCCUGCAACACUGGUCUCCAAUCAGACUGGUACCCCAAUCUCGAUGCACUGAAAGAGAGCUGCCGCAUUGCUAGCAGUUAUAACUGGGCUGACGUGGACCUGUCACCGUUUCAAGGAUUAAAGGAGAGCAUGAGGCAGGCAGACCUCAAUAACUGGUCCCUGGACCCUUCCCAGAUUGCAGACCUCUGCUCGUCUAUCAACCAAUUUUUCACUCGGACUGGAGUCAUCCCACCACAGGGAGUCGUCCAGCCACCUGUGUGUCACACCAUGCACUCAAACAAGCCUAGCCAGCACAUUGCUCCAGGAAAUAUAUACAUUGACUCCAGACAAAGCCUUCCAACUUCAAUGAUGGGGCCCCCAGGUUACCCCCACAUCCCCCCUCUCAACAGUGCAGGACAGACGAUGACAGGACAUCAUGCGGCAAUGAACCAGCAGCACAUGAUAUCUCCUGCAAACUUCCAGAUGCGCCGGCUGCCUGCGGAUGAUAUCCAGGACGAUUUUGACUGGGAUUCCAUCGUCUAGGCCUCCCCUGGACUGAAGGGAGGGGAGCGGGAGUUUGCCAGGCCGUGCUGUCCACUUGCUGUGGAGGGAGACAAUCUGGACGGGAAUCUUCAGAAGUACAGGCGUCAUUUCGACAAGAGACUUCGGAGUCCUGAUCUUUUAAAAAAAUAAAAAGUUACUUUGAAGACAAUCAAAAUAUGUAGUAGGACAUGUUUAAAUUAUCGCUUUGUACUUGUCAAGGGGGCAAGAAGUAGAUGUUUUGUCAAGCACACACCCCCCCCCCACCUCCUCACAGAACUCCUGUAACUUCUUACUGUUGUGUGACGGGACAACUUUAUAACCUUCUCGUGUUGCCUGACAGGCCUCAGCUUCCACUUGGACAUGGUUUUCUCCAUAUGCGUAACAAGUCCGUCCCCUUUUGAGCAGUCAGGCUGGGUCUGCUAAUUGAUUCUCAUGCUGUUGUGAGAUCUCAGCAUAACAAAGCAGGUUGAAAUUACGCAAAGCGCCAUCAGUUUGUAUGUUUUCAUUUCAUGGAUUGGAAGCUAAAUUGAAGUAAUACUUUUAAUGGGGCUUAAAUAACUGGUCUUUGGUUCUUCAUUUUUAAAACUAAGGACUGCUUAUAUAGUACUAUUAGCUCAAAUAAAGGGUCUGUUUAAUGCUUCUUCCCUUACAGUAUGGUGAUUUCAUGUCCUGUUUUUUUCACAGCGGGUCUCACUGUAGGAUUGAGUAUAAACAUUUGCUUGUAGAAAUAAAUCCCUGCUCGAAUACAAUAACCCAUAGUGUGCAAAUGCUGUUAAAGACAAUUCAAUUCUGAAUUCUCAUCAUGGGCUUUAGAUUUUUGAAAUCUGGAGACACAGGAGACACCCCCCUGUCCCCUAGUGCGGACUGCGCUAUGUGAAGGCUUUUGGUACAACCAGAGUUCAAUGUCCGUUCUAACAGCUACUGACAUGGGUCAUUAAGCCCUGUGUGCCUCCUGGAGAAAAGGAAAAACACGAUGUGUGUUUGUCAUGUGGUGUGUUGUUGGUAUUGAAACUGACUCUCAAAGGGUAUGAGAUUCUCCAGCCAGGCAAAGGGGUUUAGCUCUUGUGUCUCCACACAUUUCCAGCUGAGGGCCAUCCACUGUGCUGGGCAUGAUGAGCCAGAAGUAGUUUGGCAAAAUUUCUCCUAAUUCAAAGUCAAUUGCAAAAUUCUAAGCUAUACACAAAUAAAUAAAACAUUUUUAUGAGAUCCAGUUUAUUUUAUUUUAUUUUUAUUUUUUUUACUUGCACAUCUUAUCUUGUAUUGACUGUGUCCCUAAGUGUUUUAUGUGUGUGUGUGUGUGUUUUGUUUUUCUAGGAUAGCACCCCAGUUAGCAAGCCUCUGUUUUCUUUCUUUCCAACAUGCUCAUGGGUCAAGAGUAGCCUGCCUGAAACAUCCAUGGCAGUUAAAUUAGUGGAUGGGGAUUAUCAGUCUGUAUGCUCUGUUUUUAAAUUUCUUUAAGUGAGCUUUUAUUUUAAGAGCCUGGUAACCAACAUCAACUCGUGAUUAUCUUGCAUUUGUUGAUUCAUGGGGGGAAUUUUUUAGUAACUGACCUUCCUGUUUUAUGCCCCAGUUGGAAAUGGCUCCAAAUGGAAAUGUUGGACUGUUGACAAACUGAAAAUCUUGGUUGCCGGAUCUUGGUUGCCGGGUGUCUUAUUUCACAGAUAAACCAACAUACAAAUAAGUGCAGACAAAUUAGUACCCUAAACCUAGCAUUCAUUGCAUGCUUUUAUGGUCAUUGUGGCUAGUAUGAAAGCCUGUGCCUCUGUGCUAUUGUUGAAUAGUAUUGGGUUUGCAGGAUAGUGUGCCAUCUAGUGUUAAUUUCUGCAUGAAAUAUUUCCAAAUGAACAAGAUGGGGUAUUUCCCUUUGGAGUGGAUAGUUGCAGGUUGCUCUGGACCCCUGACACUGUGAUGUAUUUAAAUGGAACAAAUAGAGGCGUGGUAAAAACAUGUUGGGUUAAAAUGCAUUGGCUUAGACUACCAAUAGGUUUGAAAAACUCCCCAUAGGAGUGGUGAGAGUCGCCUUACCACAGGGGAUCCUUGUUUUGAAUCUCAGCUUAGCCCCUGAAUCACUGUGUGACCAUGGGGGAACACCCUGUGCCUUAGUUUGACUCAGCUAUAAAAUUGGGUGCACAAGACCUCCACUGGUAAAGAGGUUUGCUGUCUUGAUCAACAAUAUAUUAAGAAAUAAUUUGGUAAUGAAGUGUGUGUGGGAUGUGGGGGCAGGUUAUGCAUUGUGUUGUGCAGAGAGAAACGGGGCAGGUUAUGCAUUGUGUUGUGCAGAGAGAAAGGGGUAGCUGUUGAAGGGUAAAUGUAAAUUAAUCAUAAGCAUCAUCUUUAACCUAACUGAGCACAAAACAGGCACAUUUUGAAAAACUGUUUGCAGAAUACAAGCAUACAAAGUCAAGCAUUUUUGGGAGAAGCUUAUCCAGGCCUUUAGCACUGACUGACUUUGUGAAAGGCCUGGUCCUCUUUUGAAAAGGACAGGAACGUCAAUCAAGGCCUCAGACCUUGGGAAGAGAGCUCUUACAAGCAAUGUUACUGAGGCAAUGCAAGCCAAGCUAAUGAUGCAGCGUUUCCCUUGGCUCAAAAUCUAGUCUAUCAGAAAAACUCUCCAGGGCUGAUGUGCCCGCAGGGAGAUUAUUUCUCCGCCUGUUUCAGUUUCACCUCUCCUAGGUGUGCACUGUAAUUAGAAAGCAGGAUUUAGGGGGAGGCAGUGGAUUAGUUCUGAUAAUCCUCUGCUCUUUCACAGUGUACACCACACACAGGAGAAUCAUUUCGUGCUGCAAUUGGUGUCAAUGCAAUUCUUACCAAAGCAGUGUCUUUAUUUUGUAACCAUGUGUUUUACAAGCUUGCACAUUGAUGCUGUAACCAGCUGUCCUGUUUGGCUCUCAUAAUUGUUGCUGACACACAGUGGAGUUUGGUUCUGUUUAUUGUGUGAUUGUAUUGUAUUGUAUUCCUUAAAUUGGCAACUGAAUACUAAGAGUAUCAUGCUGGCAGUUUUCUUUUUUCAGUGUAAUAAGCAGUUGAAAAAAAUUUGAAGUGCUGUUAGUUACCAGAAGUGUAAGGGGAGGAUGGGUUUAAUUAUUUGUUCAAUGUCUGAUUUCACAGACCCAUAUUAGCACUAGUUUUGGACUGUCUUACCUAAGGUAACAUUCUGUACUCCAUAGCUUUGAUGUAUUAGGGUGAUGCCCACAUCUGAAUGAAUAACCUUGAGUCUUGAUGCCACUGCUUUUAGAAGUGAUAUUUCCAGAGCCUCCCCCCUGGGAUUGCAGUGGGUCCUGGCUGGGCUCGGGAGCUGGAGCUGAGUGGGGUUGCUUGAGAUCUGCCUCUGGAUCCUGGUAUUCACCUCUCACAGGGUGGUCAAGUCCAGGUACCCCUGUUGUAACCCCCCUUUUUUAUGAUCUUCAUAGAGCUACCACUGUAGCCACUGACUAUAUUAAGCCUCAAAGGAUUUCUCUGAGUGCUGUUUAAAACUGUCCAAAAGUGCUAUCCUCAGCGUACUUUUCCAGCUCCUAUCAAUUGAUGUUAUUUCAGCUGCUAUACUUGGAAGUAAAGAUGCCAUGCAGAAUUGUUUAAAAUAUCAUGUAUUUACAGAACUGGAAAUAAGCAAAAGAUACGGAGUGAACUUGUGUUAAACCUUCUCAGUAUCAUCAGUGUUCCCCAGUUCACCAGCCCAUGCAACUCAUUCAUCCAUACUGCUCUCCAGUUGAUUUCUACUGGGUAGACCUAAUUUGAACCUUUCCAAUUGUGUAAACUGUGUUGCAUCGUCACAAGGCUACCGGAGCGUUGUUUUCAGUGGUAGAGGAAUUGCAUAGAGCGGUACUGCACAAUGACAGGUAAUUAUACCCAGGAAUUGCAUAGAGAGGUAAUUAAACCCAGAAAUUGCAUAGAGAGGUACUGCACAAUGACAGGUAAUUAAACCCAGAAAUUGCAUAGAGAGGUACUGCACAAUGACAGGUAAUUAAACCCAGAAAUUGCAUAGAGAGGUACUGCACAAUGACAGGUAAUUAAACCCAGGAAUUGCAUAGAGAGAUACUGCACAAUGACCGGUGAUUAAACUCCUUUCAUCCAGGUGGAGGGAUCUUUCAGACCUAUCGGUUUCUAAACCUUAAGGAAUACAAAUGCACAACAAUCAAAAGCUAUUUAUCAAAGUUGUAAAUUGAUGUAUUUCAAGAUUGCAAACAUGUAACUUUGACAUGUUCCAGUUGUUGUGCAAAACCCAGCCUUUCCUCCAUAGCUCCCAGAGUUUUUUCAAAGGCGUCUGUGUAGUCUUUACUCAUUAGAAUCAUCAAUUAUGCCAUGCUUUACUAUUGGUAUUACUGGCCUUGAAUAGAAAAAAAAAUGCUUCUUAAAAAGCCAAGUCACCAAGGCCAAGCCCUGCUUCAGUGGCUGUUUCUGUUAGGUGGAUCUUGUAGGUUUGAUACAGUAUGGGUCAGCUGAAUGGCACUUCUUUUAGUUAGCUUGUUAUUACUAACAGGCUGCACCAAAGGUAAACACACCACUGAUUUUAUAAAAGUAGAAAGUCUUCUAAUAAACCUUUAUCACUGUAUUUUUUGUAACAUUGUCAGUUUUCUUUUCCUUUCACAACAAUGGUAUAAAUUGCACACUGCAGUAAAAAGCCUUGAUGAAUAGAGCCAUUGUAGCCGUGACAGAAGCUCAUUCAUUGGCAACUCCUAACCAGGGUGCAAUAACUGACAGUAAUUGUGUGUUAUUAGGUGUCAUCAGAAUUGUACUCAAAAUUGGUAAUGCCAAAAAAUUAGUACCCAUUUGUUAAAAUACUAAUUACUUAGAAUUCCUGUUGGUUGCAUCCCAGCCAAUAUAAAUCCUCACCAAUUUUAUUUAAUCCAUCUGUAUAAUGUGUACGUUUUUAAAGCAUGGGCUGCUAGUAAGGUGAUUCUUUCUACAUGCUGUAUAAGCAAACCUAAAGUGAGUUAGGAUAACUGCUUUAAAGUGUUCCUAAUAUGACUUUCCUAAACAAUACUGUUAAAAUGUGCUUCCUGUUUCCUUUAGAUAUACAUAUGCAUUUUGUGUGUAUUAUGUCGGAUGACAUUUUGGAGUUGGCUCCUGACAAAGCUACAUUAAAGACAAUGGUGCCUUCCUUUUUUUGGGGGGGUGGGGGUUUGCACAGUUAUGGUAUCUCACAGCACCAAGAGGGGAAGUAGCAGGUAUACCCCAAACAUUGCAAUCUCACACUUUUUUGUUGACCAUGUGAAAAGCAAUAGAGAGGAAAGAAACAAUGUCAACACCCUGUUUUUAACAAUAGCCCGUGUGUGUGUGUGUGUGUCUCUCAAGUGUUUUUAAAUACAUUGAAGAACAGCAUUUUUGCUCUACCGGUGGCUUGUUACAGUAAGGGGGAAAACUGCCAACAAGUACUGGUAUUUGAGGCCUAUUAUUUUAUUCAGUGUUGGUGUGUUAAUGUGCUUUAUUGUAAAUAUGUGUCUUUUAAAUGGUCCUUUUUUUCUCUGGGUGGGAGGGGUAAUAUGGGAGGAGGCAGGGAUUAUUGAUAAAAGAAAAGAAUAUGGAGUAUUUUGUUAAUUGUUCAUUCAGAGGGUGAUCUGUAUAUAUCUAUAUUGUAUAUAUGUGAUGAAAAUGCGUUCGCUUUUUGUGUGACACUACCUUGUACUGCUGUUCUACAGUCAGUGUUUUAAUGUUUAUAAAGUUGGGUUUUUUUUGUUUUUUUUUUUGUUAUUGCACGGUUUAUUACUUUUGCUCUCAGAGGAAAUGACACAGCUACUCUUUGUAUCGGUUUAGUGCUGUAAAAUAACUCCACAGUGUCAUUAGGAUUGUCGCUGCCAGACCCGAUAUGCAUGAAUGGCACUUACAAAAUAAAAUAUGUUAACUACA